AUCUGUACUCUGAGCCUGCUUCCCAACGUACUAACAAUGGCCACCUCCACCGACCCAGCCUCCAUGCUCGUCUCCGCCGGCAUCCCAGCCUUCAAAUGUCCCCCAGGGACAAAGAUGUACAUCCUCGACCUGGGAACCCUCCAAAUUGACGAAUCCUGGAUCCUCCGCGGCGCCAACGUCAGCACCCUCAGCAACCCCAACCCCGUGAACCGUCGUCGAGACUUGAUCCUCCUAUCCGCUCUAAUCGACUACCCCGGAGUCGGUCUCAUUCUCUUCGAAACCGGCUGUGCAGAGGACCUUGACGUCAAAUGGGGCGCCCCCAUAACCGACAUCUUCCCCCGAACCGUCUACACUGAGAAACACAAACUUCCCGCUGCCAUCAGCGCCACCGGCCACUCCAUCAAAGACGUCAAAGCCAUCAUCCUGGGACAUUUACAUCUCGACCACGCCGGCGGACUAGAGCACUUCGUCGACACCGACGUGCCUAUCUACGUCCACGAAGAGGAAUUCAAGCACGCGUGCUGGGCCGUAGCAACGGGGGCGGAUCUAGGCGUAUACUUGGGACAUUACAUGCUUUUGGAACGGUUGAAGUGGGUGACGUUUCCUGAGGAACGGUUGGAUUUGUAUCAGGGGAUUACGUUACAUCAUUGUCCGGGUCAUACGCCAGGGUUGUGUGUGAUGCAGGUGAAUCUGGAACGCGAUGGGACGUUUAUUUGGACGACGGAUCAGUUUCAUGUCAAGGAGAAUUACGAGUUGGGACAUCCGCAUGGUGGGUUGGCGAGGGAUCAUAAUGCUUGGUAUAGGAGUUUGGGGCUGGUGAGGAGAUUGCAGAGGUUGUUUGGGGCGAGGUUGGUGUUUGGGCAUGAUUUGGAGGUUGCGAGGGGGUUGAUGGAGGAGAGUGAUGUUUUUGAGUAGUGGUUUAUUAUUCUUUUUUUCUUCGAUUUUUUUUGUGGGGGGGGGUGGUAGAGGAGGAGGAGAAGAGGUUUGUGGUGGUGGAAAAUGCGCGAAUUCAUUAAUACUUGUAAAUACACUAUGCUAGUGCUGGUUGGUGAUGGGGUUCAGGUGUAGUGGAAGAAACCGUUCCCGGACUUGACACCCAAGUCUCCCCUUUCAAUCAUCUCUCGCAGGACUUUGCGGGGCUCGUUGGGGAUUCCAAUCCAAUCCUUCGCGUAAUGCUCCUCGAUGGCUAGGAU